AUAAAGCGAGGAGGAAGAGAGUGACGUCAUCUCUCCAACAUGGCGGCCGCGGAUGUGGAGGACUUCAUCGGGCAGAACCGGCUGUUGUCGGACUUCAUCGAGUCGUUUCGCGGCGUGUCCGAGAGCGACAAGCACUGGAAGUCCAGGAGGGAGUUUUUAUUCAGAAACAUCUCGAACUACGAGGAGGAGCCUCGCGUGGACCACCUGCUCGCGCUGUCCAUGGUGUGGGCCAAUCACGUGUUCCUGGGCUGCAGGUAUAGCCCAGUUCUGCUGGAGAAGGUGGAAGAGAUGGCCGAGGGGAUCGUAGUGGAGGACGCUCCUGUCUUCAAGACCAGAGACGAACUGAUCAAAGAACAGCAGCAGAGGCGGUGACGAAAGGACUCGCCGGGGAUCCUGACACACACCAGCCGUCGUCGACUAGCCUAGCUCUCUCAGUGUUUAUAUUUUGUCACAAUAGUGUUUUUGUAUUAGCAACAAUAAAAAGGAACUCAUUCUC